UGAAAUGGGCAGUACAAGGAAGGGGGGGAAAGGUUCUGAUUCAUGCACAAAUACUGUAUUUAUAUUAACAGAGUCAUUUUCAGUCACUGGCAUGGUUCAGUAGGAGUUAAUAACUCCAAAUAUUUAGAUGUGGUUCUGCACUGGAGCGUUUUAUGUUGGAUAUAAUUUAGUCUGGACUCCACAGGACUCUGGUGUUAGGCAGCAUAUUGCUGUUGCAUAUUUCAGUGAAGAUGAACAGCAAAUGGAGCCGGGACCGCUCCAUCAACUCAUUUCAUUGGCAGACAGCACUGCCACAUUACCUCCAUAUCCUGUGGUGGCCCACAUAACAGGAGUUGUCCAAUCCAGACUGUUGCGUGAGGCUGCUGCGCAGAAAGCCAGCUGGAGACCAAAGGCCCUCGGGGAAAUUACUGCCAGAUUGCUUGGAAAGAGGCAAAAUUGGACUGCUUAUUUGUCAGUGAAGGGUCUGUGUGGUGGACACAGCCGAAAUUGAAAAGACAGGGAGAGAGAUUAGGUAGCCUGUUGACUACACGAGUCUGUGCUACCUACUGGCGUCUUUAAACUUUGGUGAUUACUCAGUAAGAAAUAUGUUUAAAAGCUGGGAAGUGCAAUUAUAAUUUCAGAUGACAUUUUUUUUCUACGUGACUUUAAUGAUGAUGAAGCCCCAUAACAGUCUAGUCUGUGCAGUGGGAUAAUUUCAACAUACCAGAAAGCUAAGGGUCAAUUCUUUGAAUGCAACAUUUUCUCACUGGUUCAAUAAAAGGAAAGGUUGAUCUGGGCUUUUUAAUAUGGUGUGUUAUUCUGCUAGAAGCAGCCAUCAGAAGAGCGGUACACUCUGGCCACAAAGGGAUGGACAUCAGCAGCAAUGCUCAGGCAGAUUUUGGUUUUUAAUUCAAUUCAAUUCAAUUUUAUUUAUAUAGCGCCAAAUCACAACAAAAGUUGACUCAAGGCGCUUCAAAAUGAUGAUAAAUGAUGCUCAGCUGGAGUGCACACAGUGGACCAGUGUGCAGGGAAACAUCCCUCACACCAUUACCCCACCACCACCACCAGCAGCAGCAGCCUUAAACAUUGAUGCAUGUCAGUAUGGAUUUGUAUUUUCAUGUUGUUUAAACCUAAUUCUGACCCUUCCAUCUGAGUUUGCAAAAUUUGAGAUUCAUCAGAGCAAGCAAGUCUUCUGUUGUCCAAUUCUGGUGAGCAACCUAUAGCUUCAAGUUUCCUGUUCUUAACUGACAGAAGUGGCACUCAGUGUGGUGCACAUGUUCUGUGUUCAGAGAUGCUCUUCUGCAUACGUUGGUUGCAACACUGUAUGUGGAGGAGCUACUUAUGGCUUUCUAUCAGCUCAAAACAGUCUAGAUAUUCUCUCUGACAUCUGGCCUCAACAAGGCAUUCUCACCCAGGGAACAGCUGGAUACUAUCUCAGAGUUUUGAAACCUGCAAAAUGCACUUGUGAUAUUGUAUAGAUGCAUGCCUUUACACUAUAAAAUAGAUGAUUCAGUAAAUACCACAUCUAUUUGUGACCAUGCACUCUGUGUCUUACUUUAGUAAAACCCUGUGUGAUAUGGGCUGCUGGUGGGUUCUAGUUUCAGUUUCAUAGCCGUGCAAGCCGCAUGGUCACAUCACAGUAACUCAGAUCUCAGCUGAGCACAGAGAAGCUUUCCACCUUGCAGAAGAGCAACAGUGAGCCAAACUGUGCUUGUAAAUCAUUGUGCACAGCGAGGUUCAAAUGUGCAGAUUUCUGAGUGAAAAGGUAUUUAGACUACAGCGCACUAUCUCCAAUAACAACCCUUUAUAUCUUUAUAAUCAGAAUUUAAGUUGUUAUCAGUGUUUAGGGAAACUGUUUCUUUUAGAGUGCUCACUAGAUGUCGCUGUUAUCCCACCCCUCUCGCGCAAAGUGACCACACUGAUCACUGCGAGCGGUGCCAAAAAUUAUGGCAUCAAACAAUAUAAGAAUUUUCUAAGAAAGCGGGAGGGUUUGAAUGUGACCCUGGCAAAUAUAAGGUUCGGGCAGUGGUGCAGUUUGGCGUUUAGAUGGCUGUUUAGUCAGGUCUAGCUCACUGAUAAAAACCGACCCAUUAAUAGACCAUUAUAGGACAAUCAUAACCGCGACUCCACUGGGAGAAUCACGGAAAGGUGCUGUCGGCUUGUUCUUGGAAGACUGGGUGUUUUUGAGCUGAAUCACGGCAGAGGCGCGUCACCGUGGGGCGUGGUUAAGCGUAAGAGAUAAACGCCGUGUCCACCGUUACGAUGCAGUUAAGUUACAGUUUGGCACGAGACGACACCGGAGCGGAGAGUCUGAGCAGCUAACUAGCGCGCGUAAAGGGAUGGAGACGAAUGAGAUCUUUUUAAUAACUGUCAUAGCCUCUCACUACAUUUGGAACUUCGUCUUCUUCGCGUGGAUUUUAACAACAAUAGAACCUUUAGAGCCGGACUGCUAUAAAACGCAUUGUUGAAGUUCUGAUCCUGUUUGCGCCAGGACACCCAAACGAGAUUAGACGAAGAGAAGUCGUAAUGAGUAGUUGUGCAAAUGGUGCAUUUUCUGACCAGAGAGCUGGUACGGAAAGCAGAAUUUCAUGCUCAAGCUACACGUCUACCUGCGCGUAAAGGACAUGGACACAACGGCUCCAGUCACCGCUUCCUGAAUCCCUGCGCUAUGUUAUAGGAGUUCAUCAGAUAUUUCCAAGGCAAUGACCUCUGACCCCCCAGCAGUGACUACCACUGAAGCAGUGGCCUCUAAACCCACUGCCGCACCUACACUGUCAGCCACAGCAGAAACCAGCAGCAGUGGCCGAACCCAAAGCCUUCCUGAAACCAGCACCAUCCCAACACUGGACCUCCGAAACCCGCUUGCUCCUCCCCUAACACCUCCCCCACCUCCUCCUCCUCCUGCGCCAGACAUCCCCGACCUUCCACUGCCAUCACCCCCGGUCUUCCCCCUUCCUCUGCCUUCAUCCAAACCUUCUUCGUCAUCCAGUCCUCCUUCUCCUCCAUCGCCGCCUCCCGCUGACAGCCCCCAGCGUCCUACAACGCUCAACCUAAAGACGCUUCCACGUCCCAGCAUCAGGGAGAACGGCUGCCCCCCGCCUGGGCUGGAUGAGGAUGAGGAUGAGAGGAAAAUGCUGGAGGAGGAUCUGAAGAAAUGCAUCGAGGACUUUAAAAAGAUCCGCAUGCCCAAAGUUUUUCCAGAUCGCAAGAGGCACUGGCAAAGGGACUUGCUAAAGAAGUACAAUGCAUAGAGAGCUUUGCUGUGGCAUCAUAAGGAGGAAACCUGACAAGGACUUUAAAACAAUGGCGAGGACAUGCUGCUAGCGCUUUAUAUUUACAUCGCUUUGAUUCUGACUUUGUGAAGAGUGUCAGCAAAAAACCUCUAAUGUAGCUUUUGCAUGUCAACAGAAGUGAACUGCUAAAGUAUAGUUCUCCAGCUGAGCUUGUCUAGCAGACAUGCACUACAUUUGAUGUCUUUACCCAGCAUAGAAAACAUUCACGUCCAGAUUGUGAGUCAUACUUAUGUUUUUCCCACACAAGGUUUUUUUUUUCUUUUGGAAUAGAAAAAAUAUUUGGACUCAUUUUCUUUUCACUCAGUCAAACAAUAUUAAUUGGAGCUUUCUGCCCUUCUCCCUGUACCAUGUCUGCUGAUCAAGCAACUGGAAAAUGUAAGCAAAGUUUGAAAUUUUAGGCGUUUGACCUUAAUGAUGCAAAAAUAAAAGACAGAAGUGAAAUCUCUGGUGCUAAUCAUCUAAAA